CAGCCCACCACGUGACCCCGACCAGAGCGAAGAACUCGCCGGCCCAAACACCGGUGUUAUCCCGACCACUCAUCUCUCCCUCCUUAAAUGAGUCUCCUGGCUUUCGCUCGCGUCGACACCUUUCGCUCUGUUUUGCCGCAAUCCACACUUUCGGGCGACAAAGCAUCGCUUCCAAAUCUCCCCAAUCCCUUGCCCACUCCGAAGCGAUCUCCCCUCGACGAUCGAAGUUUUCUCCUGUUCUUUGCUUCCGAUCGAGGUUGCCUCGGUGGUGAUCGUAUUGGGGGUUCUAGGGCUGGGGUUGGGACGGAUCGGCCGAUCGACAAUGGGGCUUCUCUUCGUGGAGUCGCUCCCUGGUCCGAAGGUCUUCAAGUGCGGGCGCUGCAAGGUCGACUCGGCGUCCCAUGACGCGAUCAUCUCCAAGGAUUUCCACGGGCGGUAUGGCCGCGCGUACCUCUUCAAGAGCGUGGUGAAUAUCACAUUGGGCCCUGAUGAGGAUCGACACCUUAUAACUGGAUUACACACAGUGAAUGACAUAUACUGUAGCUGCUGCCAACAGAUUCUGGGCUGGAGAUAUGAGAAGGCAUAUGAAGAAAGUCAGAAGUACAAAGAAGGCAAAUACAUUUUAGAAAAAGCUAGGAUGUCGAAAGAGGGCUGGUGAUGUUUGUAAGGACCAAAAAACCUGAUAACCUGCAAUUGCAUGCAGCAGUGUAGUGGUAGAAAAUCGUGCCCAUGAAAUAUAACACAAACCCAGUUAGCAACAGCAGUUCUUGUCAAUUACACUAGGUCACCUUCUUGGAGGGAAUAAGGAACAAACAUUUGGUUCGACAAAUUAGACACACCUUGCUUGUUUCUCUUGCCGCUCAGCUCAUCUCUAACGCUGAUUCUCCUGUAGUUUUUGUUAGUGUUUAUUGUGGAUGGUUGACUCUGAAGUGUCUCAGAUCCCGAUCAAGUUGAUUGGAUGAAUUCCUUCCGUUGCAGCA